CACAAUAAGUAGGCAGGGAGUCCUGAAAUUCCAUCCUUCUUCUUAGAUCCGCCCCAUCAAAUAUACACAGGGGUACUGACAUCCUACACACAGUCAGACCACGAAAACAGACACAACAGGAACAGAGCCUGAUCUUGAUUCAUUUUAGAAAGCACAGGACUACACAGUGAGUAACAGGAGAAGACAAACACAUGUAUCUGUAUGAUGGAAUGUCUUAUGAUACUAUGAAAAUUGCAUAUAAUAAGUUUACAGGGGGAAGGGGAUCUAAAAUCUAUCUUACUAAUAUAUUUCUGUUCCACUGAGCAGGAAACUGAAUAGUGGUGAACUUAGGGCAGGAAUGGACAAAGAGUAGCACUUCCACUUUUCUAGAACUGCAACUCCCAUGAUGCAUGGCUGGCAAGGUAUGCUAGGAAUUGCAGUUUUACAAAAGCUGUGGAUCUACCUUUUUGUGUUCUGAAAAGCAAUAUUUGUAUCUAUCAGAGUCUGGAGAAAGUGUCAGGCAGCACUAGAUGAUUCUACAGAUCAUUAAUUUCUUAGUUAUCCUAUGCCUGAUCUUGCAUUCUGAAUAUAUAUACUCUGCUAUAAGUUCCUUAACAGAACACUGAACUACAACCGUGUUGUCCCAAUUAGCAGUGACUGUAUUAGAUUGUGCAUGCUGUCUCUUUAAGUAAGGGGUAUGGCACACUGUAAAGUGUUAGUAAUGUGAAUUACGAUGCCCUAUUAUUGUGACAUUGUGUUGUUAAGCCAUCAGAUAUGCAGAUCAUUCUGAUAGUUAAAGCAGCUCUGUUACCUACCCCAGCCCUCAAACGUGAGCACUUCAUGAAGAUUAAAUCAUAAAGACUUUGUAGAAAUUGCACCAAAAUUCAAAAAGGCUUGACAAAAAAAAAAACACAGAGCAACUGCCAUUGCGCAUGGUCAAGCCCCCUGCCGUUUCUAGUGACGACUGAGAGGGAAAAGGCUUUGUCUAUGGAAGUCUAUAGACACACAUGCGUGAGAGUACAGCACUGAUCCCAGAAGGUGAAGCUCCAAGAGCUGAAGUGAAUCCCACGGAAAAAGAUGGCGGCAGCAGCGAGGGACAGCUUCAGGUAAGUAAAACUCACCUUUCCCUGUGCUACGCAGCCACUGCGCUGCUAGAGGCAAAAUACGCAAAGACCCCAAAAGGUAAAGCUUUAAAUAUGGUAGAUCCAUAGGGGAAGGAUAGGAGGAUUGGGGUUUGCCAAAUCGAAACACGAGAAUUUGGGUUUUACUCAAUAAAACGGGAAUUGUAGAGAGUUUACAAGGCAAUAAUUAUAGACCAAAAUACCUAAACUAAAUAUUUUUUCCAACUUAUCUAUUUUUCCAAGCUAAAAUUACAGAUUUCAAUGUUGGAGCUUGACAGUUCAUGGUUUAGGCAAUUAACAAGUAAGUCCUGAAUUUAACAAAAUAAUACAGAGUACCAGGCCAGUGAAAGGAUUAAAGCACCCAUAAAGUCACCCUGGCUACUUCAUCUCAAUGAAGUGGCCUGGGUGUAGAGGUCCUGUCAGUUUAACCAUUCAAGGUAAUACAUUGCUGUUUUGCAAAAACAGCAAUAUUUACAUUGCAGGGUUAAACACUCCUCCAGCGGCUGUUACACUGACAGACACUGUAGGAGCUACUGCUGUGCUGACCGAGUAAAACUUGGCCACGUGAUGUGAAGCCCCCUUAGGAAAGCAUUUAUUCAGUGCUCUACAACGGGCAAGCUAAGGUGCACGCUUCGUGCUCGUCCAUCAUGUUCCUCUGUGAGGAGCAUUGGAUGCCUCCUCCAUGACGUCAUGGAAGGAGAAGAGGUAAGUCGUGCUGAGGGUGCCUCGGCUCUGAAAAAUUAUUUGUAAACAUAUUGUUUUUAUGGGACAUGUGGGUUGGACCUAUAUAUCUAGGGACAGGUUUGUAUUACUAACGCUUUAGUGCUCCUUUAGAAAUUAAAUAGUGUACCCCAGACCUUCUGUUAGCCAUGGGAUGCUUAGUGCAAAGUCUUCCCCUUAUUUCCUCAAGCCUUUAACUGGCAUUGUGGGCAUGAGGGUUUAGUAACUAAAUUGAAGUGAAUUGUAUACUGAAUUACAGAGCUUACACUAAAAUAACCACGCUGUGAUUAUGGUUAAUUUAGAAAAAUAAUUCCAACUCAUCAUUUCUUUCCUAAAUAUUGCAAUUUCAUUUUUUAUUCGCUAUGAUUAAUUGUUUAAUGAAUAAACCCCAAAGUGUUCCGUUAACUCACUAGGUAAGUACCUUCUGUUAUCUUUCAAAUGUCCAGAUUGAGAAAUGGAACUUCUGGAUCAGUUCAGACUGAGAAAUGACCGUUGGAAUUGUGACAUUUUAGGGAUGUGUUUACAGUAAGCACAGAAUGCUCUGAAUUGUUUUUACAUUGGGUCGUGGUUGUGAGUGAACAGAACACAGUGACACAGUCAGGGCUCUAUUAAUGGAGAUGCUCAAUGAUUCUAGAAUGAGCGCCUAUCAUUGUAGAAGAUACACAUGGGAUGCCAGAUCUACCAAAUUCUCUGGAUACACUGAAAUACUUUGUGAUUAUCGACGUUACAUGCAUAAUCUGCCCUGUAGUAUGUAGCAUUUGUAUGCUGCUGGAGGAAAAUCAAUAAUGAAUCAAGGCAUUUUCGUUACCAUUCCUCAUUAAAGGGACACUCCGAGCACCAGAACCACUGCAGCUUACUGUAGUGGUUUUGGUGCAAAGAGACUGUCCCUGCAGUUUCUUAUUUGCAGACACAGCUGUUUCUAAAAAAAAAAAAAAAAAAGGUAGUGUUUACAUCUGUCCCUGUCAAUUAUACAGGCUGUAGACGUGUGUCGGAUUGCGGUCCUGCAAUCUUGCGUCUUCACUUUCUACAUUUAAAUGGAUCUAAAUAGAUACAAAAAAACUCUUAACAUUAGAAAAAAUUUAAUAUUUCUAAUGUCAGGGUUUUCGUUCAAUUAAUCAAUUGAUUUUUCUUUCGCGAUAACAUGAUUUAUACAUGCUCCAGCAAAAAACAGGUCACAAGAGUAUUCUGAGAACGGACAGCAGCUGAAAUAGCCUGCCCUUCGGUGGGUCCCAGCUCAGAACUCAAGCUAGUUUGAGCUCAUCUUGUGCCAUUACAGAGAGAACAUCUCUGAAGCAUAUCAGACUGGUCCCACCCAUACAGGCAGUACAGAUCUGAAAUGCCAGCAAGUUCUCUCUGCACGAGAGAUACAGCAACCCCAGACGAUCGUUUCAGCCUUGUUAGGCAUCAUCAGUGAGGCAUAGCUGAUAUCUCUCUAGGCACCGUGAGCAAAGGGUCCACGUCUGGAUUACCCUUUAAACUAAUGGAGAGCAAAAAACGGAUCGCAAGAGUAUUCUGAGAACGGACAGCAGCUGAAAUAGCGUGCUCAUCACCACGUAUAACAAAGUAAAUUCUAUGUGAAUUUCAAAAUAUAUUCCAGAAAUAGUCAGACUGAAGACAUAGCAGCUUUGGAGAAUUUUUCCACUUUGACUACUUUGUUGUUUAGUUUUUUUUGCCCAUUCUCAUGUUUUGCCUUAUAUUUGACAUUCACGUUGCAUUCCCAACAAUUCAGAAAUGAGUGAAUGACUCUGUAAGCCUUAGUGGAAUUAAAAGAUGUUAGUAACCAGUUCCUACUUUUCAUACGUUUCCGGCCCAAGAUAUUAUGCUGCCUGGGUCCAAGACUCAAAUGCUGACCCCCCUACAGUCAUGCACACACACACAAGCACAUUGAUGCAGUCACAUGUAUACACACUGGGGGCAAAAAUACAUUUUUGACCAGAGUGCAAUUCUACCAACACACCUGUUAACAUGUUAAAAAGAUUAAAUAAAGUCCUAUGCACUUUGGCAUUUAGAUGUGAAAUGUUGUUGGAGAGCAGCCCGUUGAGUAACUGUCCUGUUCACUUGACACUUGGAUAUCAGUAAUCAAUUAAGGAGAUCUCUCCAACCAGCAAGAAUUUAGUAAAAAGAGUUCUGAAGGAUUCUCCAGCAAGAAAUGAAUAAACUUUGUAUAUCACGCCAACAAGCAAUAAAUGCAUAAACCUUGUAUAUCACGCCAAGGAGCAAUGAAUACACAAACUUGGUAUGUCAUGCCAUAUAAACAUUAAAUGCAUAAACUUGGUAUGUCAUGCUAAUGAAGCAAUAAAUAAACUUGGUAUAUUAUUAUUAUUAUAUUUAUAGAGCGCCGUCAAAUUCCGCAGCGCUUUACAAUGGGUGGACGAACAGACAUGUUGUAACCAGACAAGUUGGACACACAGGAACAGAGGGGUUAAGGGCCCUGCUCAAUGAGCUUACAUUGUUAGAGGGAGUGGGGUAAAAUGACACAAAAAGGUAAGGAUAGUAUUAGAACCAGCCAACGGAGGCAUACAGGGCAACCCGCCUGCUCCAUCCCAGUGUCAUUUCCUCGGAUCAGUCUGCCCUUUUAAUGACCGGUUUGGUGACUUGUUCAGCCAACCGGCUGAAUCACAUCACUGCCUGUAAGUUAUAAGAUGCCAUAAAACGUGGAUCUCGUAGCUGCAGCAAUGUAUUGCGGUCAUCUGCAAGUGAAGAAAAUAUACAGAGGGUAAUGCUUUCACCAUAACCACAGCUACUGUUUGUAGUGGUUAUGGUGCUUGGAAUGUCCCUUUUAAAAUAUUCACAGAUAAAGUGUUACAGAAAUUACUAGCAAAAUACUUACUGGCAGGCAAAUAUAGGGCACAGCUAUGUUUUGCUUUACUCUGGCAAGGUAGGCCUGCACAAAUAUUUCAUUCCUGUCUGUUCACUAAGCAGUGGAUUGUAGUGAAAUGAAAAAUGAGCAAUUUUUUUUUUAUAUACAAACAAAGCUUUACGCAAACGUUUCCUCAAUUUCUUUUUGUUUAAAUCACUGUAUAGUGAAUAAACUCCCUAUUUAAUUGCAAAUUGUAGGCCGCAGUAACUGAGCCGGUGAAACAGUGAGUUAAAAAUGUUUGCAAUCUAGAAAUUUUUUUCCCUAAAAUAUGCAAUUUCCUUGUGGAUUCUCCCCUUUCCCAGUUAUGUAAAUAACCCAGACAGUGGAGUGUGUAGGCGUUUGCAGACAGUGGAUUGUAUGGCCUUAUGCUGUAUCAUGCUGACUGUGUCCCGUGUUUUGUGUACGUUAUUGUGAGGGUGCAGUGCUGUGUGCAAGGUUUGAUUUUUGGCAGUGUCGGUAUUCUCCUCCCCAAUAUGCAGGAAGCACAGACCUGUUCUGAAAACACACCCAUCUUCUUCUGACUUUGAAUGCUAUCAUCGGCCAGGAACAGUUCUGUGCAUUCACUAAAAAGACGUUUACUGACUUAGCCAAGAGGCUUCGUUAUUUAACGCCUGUAAAUAAUACAGAUUUGUGUCUGCUUCCCUCUAAUAUUCCAUAUCGGUCUAAUGCUCAUUUAUCUUUAUGUCAGAUCUUGAUAGCCGGUAUCCCUGACUGAUGAGCCUCUGAAUCUUUAUUGAUAUUGUGCCAACUACCUCUGUCUUUGCCUGCUUUAAAUAGAAUUGCCAAAUUAGCCCUUGUACGGUAAAAAUUAAAAACAGCUACAAUUGGAUUGCUCGAGCUAUCUGGUUUUUCUGGUCACUCGUGGCAUAUUUGUGAAGAUAGACGGGCAAGGAAAAGUGCUUCUCUGCAGCAUAUAGAUAUUAAAUUGUGCUUCAAAAUUAAAAUCAAUAAAUCACAUUGUUAAGACAGAGAUUGCCCUGGUUAAUUGGUCAAUUUCUUUGUAGUGUAUGGAUUAAAUACAGCACAAGGCAUCACGUUUCAUGUAAUGGUCAUCAGAAAGAAGAGGCGAUAUGUGUCCAGAAAUCAUGGUGGAUCAGUCAAUCCUAGCUUUAUACCAGAAUUGUUUUUGUAAUAUUUUUUUUCCUUCAAUCUCAGGAUAGCACUGGCUGCAAAUGUAUAUGUAAAUAUUAAUAUUCUGUGAAAGUAGGGUUAAUAUUCCGUGAAAGUAUGGAAGCUGAAUACUCCAAUUAGCUAAUGCUAUAUUGCAUUUCUGUGCUUGUCUGUUAAAGGGCCUCUUUACUGCCUAAAAUAAAAAGUUAAUAAAUCACUAUUUAGUAGAUAUAUACACAAAACAUUUUUAUUGAAGGUAUAUCUAAAAGCAGCUUUCAAAAGCUGCAGAUGGCUUGUCUGCAGCCUUUACUAGACCUCCUCUAUUAACCCCACCCAGACUUUCUGUGGCUGCCCAAUUACAGACUUCCCAAUGCAGCUCAAUGAGAAGUCUUUGCAAAGCAGGUGCCACUGAGCUAAACAAAUCAGGAAGUAACAGGACCAGCUGUCUGAUUGACAGCCAGGAGGGUCUAACAAGUUUAAUUUCUAAAAGUACCAAUUUCUAUUAAAAUCAGCACUUUUUGUAAAAUGAAAAGAAAAAAGACACACAGGUCACACAUAAAGCAUUUCAGCAAGCUAAAUAAGUUUAGGGGUCCAAAGUGUCCCUUUAAGACAUUCAUAUUUUAAUGAACCUCAGGUUCAGCCGUUUCAUUAAAAACUUUUUAUAUAUAGUCAUCACCCAUUUUUUUUCUUCUAAACUGAUGAUUGUUAGAAUUGGUUUCUGUAAUCCAUUACAUCCUGUGCAUAUCACUCUAUAUCUUACCUGGAUGCUUAUACUACUCUAUGGGGAUGUAAUAUGUAUCUCUGUAUUAACCCCACCUCUCCUCUCACAGAGCACAAGAUGACGGCAGCCCACGAGCAGGUGCAUCUCAGCAGGUCAGAGGUGUGUGGUAUAAUGCGGGAGGAGCUCUUUAGUGAAGUCGAUUUUCAGCAGUCGCAGACACACGUUUUCAUUGUGGUUGGUGCUUCGGUAAGUGCGCAUAUAUGCUGAUUGUGGGUAUAGAAUAUUGUCACACUGCUCUGAUAGUGAGUGAGUUAUGGUGGCUUUAUUUACUGCCGAGUCUAGCGGAUGAGAUGACACUGAAACUCUGUGGACACUAUGGAAUUUAUUUUCUAAAUCCAGAGUUGUAUUGGAUUGCAAUCUGAAUGUCAAAAUUUAGGCAAACAUUUAAUUUAGGGGAACAAAAUCGAACUCCUCUCUGGUCCUGUCUUGGCUAUUUCAGGCUAAAUUUGCUGAAAUUCAAUGUUUAGUGAAUAAACCCCUUUAACUGAGAAUUGAGCUAGGCUAUGGGGUUUAUUCACUAACCAGUGAAUUGAAUUAUAAAAACCUUUUUAUAAAAUGUUCAGCUCCAAGUAACCACGUUAGGAGUAGAACUUUACCGCUACAGCUCUUUCUUUCAAUAGUUUUUUUUGAAAAAUAUUAUGUUAAUUAAUAAAUGGAAAUGAUAAAGAUCUACGUAACAUAAUAUACCAGGUAAUGGUCACAAACAGAAACGUGUGUGUGUUUAUAUAUAACUAGAAUACAGUGGCUGAGAUAAUGAACUAGAAGUUAUUAAGUUACAAGUAUUAAUGUCAUAGUAACCAAUAGAAAACUUAUAAUACUGAUAGAAUAAUAAACUCAGGAAUAAAAAUGUAAAAAGAGGGUGGGGGAGCAUGGGAGGAGAAAGGGAAAGUGGGGGGAGGGGGGGGCAAUAUUGCAUCCGCAAUGCAGCCCAACAACCGUUACAGCCAUUUCUGUCCUGAAUUUCCCAAAUUUAGGUUUUCAGUUCACCCGGUUUUGUAGUUUAGUUAAUAAUCCACUAACUAGGUUAUUCCCGGCUAAACUUUCAAAAGUAGCUAACAAAAACCUGACAAAAUUUAGUUGAAUAUAGCCAAGCUGUGACUAUCGGGAUGGAGAAUUUUUCCAGAUAACUUAUUUUGGCUUGUGAAAUUCUGAUUUCAAUUCACUUGAAUUUGUAGUUUAGUGAAUAAACCCUCAGGUGUUUGGAUAUCGGAAUAAAAUAGUCAUUUUAUAGCAUGUUAUGUUCAGUGCUGCAUGACAAUACAGGCUUUCAGGUUCCUGGUUUGAUGAUAAAGCUUGGGUGUGCCAUUAUUUUCUUGGCUCAAGUUCUUUAUAGGUAGAGAGAGUUAAAGUGAAAAAAGGGUCAGGGAAAUAGCAGAAAUGUAAAGUAGUACUGUUGCCGUGGGAUUGUUAUAUUUUUUGGCAAGGAACCACCUCCCCCUCUCCCCAGUUGGCAUGCCUGCUUAUAUGGAUGUAGCCAGGGACUGUUAAGAAAAUAAAGUUGCCUUAAAGGGACACUGUAGGCACCAAAACAAUUUAUCUUAUUGAAGUAGUUUUGGUGUAUAGAUCACACCCCUGCAGUCUCACUACUCCAAUUCACUGUCAUUUGGGAGUUAAAUCACUUUGAUUAAGCAGCCCUAGUCAAUCAUCCCUACAUGUGACAUACACAGUCUUCCUAAACACUUCUUGUAAAGUUAUCUACUGUUUUAAUGUUUAUACUUCUAUUUUGCAAAUUCUGUUUAAUUUACCAUUUAUCUCCUGCUAUGUUAAUAGCUUUCUAAACUCCGCAAGAGCCUCCUAUAUGUAAUUAAGGUUCAAAUUACAGAGCAGGAGAUAAAAACCUUUAAAUUAAGUUACAUCAGAUUUAAAAUGAAACCAUUUUGUUUUCAUGCAGGCUGCGUCAGUCACAGGGGAGGUGUGGCUGGGGCUGCAUGAACAGAAACAAAAGUGAUUUAACUCCUAACUGGCAGACAGUGGAGCAGUGAAACUCCAGGGACAUGGUCUAUACACCAGAACUGCUUCAUUAAACUAAAGUUAUUUAGGUGACUCUAGUGUCCCUUUAAUUUCUCCCUAUUCAGGGUGCCAUUUUCCCACAGUCAUGCUUCUUCAGAUUCAUCAUUUUUGGAGUACAAAACAAUAUUGCAUGAUCUUCCAUAGAUACUUUGUGCAUGAGGAUGCCAUGUGCACAACGGUACCUGUUUCCAUGUGUGGUCAUGAGCCUAGCUGGUGGAAAAUGGGCGAGGAAAUGACUUGAGACAAAAUAGUCCCUACUUUUUGUUUAUAGCCCAGCAAAUCUGGAUUUAACAGUAUAUCUGUCCUACGUGCAAUUGGUGAGGGCUACUUCAUUGAGAGUAUGAAAAUGAGUGUUAAGCUUUAUUGAGAUGUAUGUAGGUCCCUUUCAUUCCUGUGUGAAGCUAGCUCCUAUAAAAGUUACCUUUGGUGAAUAUCCAGUGUGGUAUAUGCUCCGUGUUCUUUAUAUGUCUGCUAUUACACAGGGCAAGAUGUUUUGAUAUCUUCCAACGAAAUUAGGAAAGAGAACCCUAGCUGUUAGUGAUAUUGACUGAAAACCACAUUCUGUGCACAAAGUGGCCCAAGAGUUAUGUCACUGGUGUCCAUGCAUUGUGUAAUAUAAUGGAGUAAGAAACUCCUUUACAUAAUCACUGUGAAGCAACAGAGCCCGUGGUGUGUAACUUCCCCGAAACUUGCAGAGCGAGCAACCUCUGCACACACCGUGUCUCUUCGUAACUUACAGAACAAGUUCUCUGCUCACACGGUAUCCCCUUAAACGCCCAGUGCGGUAUCCUCUGCACACACCGUGUCUCUUCGUAACUUACAGAACAAGUUCUCUGCUCACACGGUAUCCCCUUAAACGCCCAGUGCGGUAUCCUCUGCACACACCGUGUCUCUUCGUAACUUACAGAACAAGUUCUGUGCUCUAACUGUAUCCCCUUAAACGCCCAGUGCGGUAUCCUCUGUGCACACAGUAUCCACCUAUAGCUUCCAGAGCGAGAAUCCACUGUACUCACUAUAUUCCCCUAUAACGUCUAGAGCAAGCAUCCAGUGAGUUUUGGAGUUUGAGUUGUGGAGUGAGUUUUAAUGCUGUGGAGCUCUGUAAUAUUUUCACAUUACUGUGAAUUUUGUGGAUGUGGAGCUCUGUUAUAGACUACUACACAAUGCACGGUACUAUGAAUUUUAUUGGAUCCAAGACUAGAUAUUCAGGACUAUGAUUAAUAACCCAGACCAGUGAUAAGGUUUCCUGUACGUUUGUUAGCCCUUACUCUGCUCAGUUUACAUUAAUGUAAUAUGUGCAUUGCAAUUCGCAAACAUAUUAUCCUAACGGUAUCUGCCACACCUUCUCCCAUUCCUUCUAGCGUUUAAUGGAGGUUUUCACCGUGUCAGAUUUACUCAGCAUGUUGUCCUGAUCUGACCGAACCUGACUAGCCUUGAAGCCAAAGAAUACUUUAUAAAACUCCAAACCACAAAAUGCUGCCGCUCCCUAUACAUAAUCCUUAUUCAAAGGCAGGCUUCUCUCCAAAUCUGUCCCCUCCCUGAUGUAAACACCGCUUGUGAUAACACACUUAUCAGAAACAGUAAAAAUGCAUAGUCACCAUGGUGUAUGCAGUAUGAAAUCAGAGGAUUUAACUCUUGCUGUAGCAAUCAUGACAUAGUAAAUUUUCCUUAUUCACAUUUAGAAUUCUAGGUAACGUUAACAGUGACAACUUAUAGCAACGUAGCUUCACGUGAGCAAAGGCUGAUCUAUCAAAACAUUGUGUCACUAAUCACCCAAGAGUUUAUACACGAAAUUCCAAACUCUAGUGAAUUUUAAACUUUUAGGGAAAAAAGCAGCCAAUCAAAAAAUAUUCCAAUACAGCUGUAUUCACGGAAUUGAUAUUUUAGCCAAAUGUUUGCCAUGUUAAUUUGCUACAGUUCAUCCACGAGAAUUAUUAUUAUUAUUUAUUAAUAAUAUCACCAUUUAUAUAGCACCAACAGAUUCUGUAGCGCUUUACAAUAUUAUGAGAGGUGGGAUUUAACUAUAAAUAGGACAAUUACAAAUAUACGUACAGGAAUGAUCGGUUGAAGAGGACCCUGCUCAAACGAACUUACAGUGUAUAGGAGGUGGGAUAUAAAACCCAUUAGGACAGAAAUAGCAAUCAAAUAAGGUGGGAGAGAAGCAGAGCUGGAGGAGAGAGUAUUGUGCUGCCCUUUAGGAGAGAGCAAGAGACAGGUAUGUGAGGUAGAGGUUACUCUGGGAGGCCAUAAGCUUUCCUAAAGAGAUGGGGUUUAAGGCACUUCUUAAACAAUUGGAGAGUCUGAUGGCAGUAGGCAGGCAAUUCCAUAGGAAGGCAGCGGCCAACGAGAAGUCCUGCAAGCGUGAGUUGGCCAUACGGGUGCGAGCAGCGGACAGGAGAAGGUCAUGGACAGAGCUCAGUGAGUUGGUGUGGUUGUGCCGGUCGGUCACAGACUCACAUGGCGGUGAGCCGGGGUCAUCAGUGUACAGGUGGUAGUGGAAUCCAAAUGAUUAAAAUAAGUUUGUCAAGAGAGGCCGUAUAAAGAGAAAAUAGAAGGGGACCAAGGACAGUUCCUUGGGAGAUUCCAACCGAGACAGGACGAGGAGAGGAGGUAUCAUUAGAAAAGGAGACACUGAAUGAGCGUUGGGAGAGGUAAGAGGAAAACCACGAGAGAACAGAGUCACAGAGACUGAGUGAUUGAAGAGUUUGAAGAAGGAGAGCAUGAACAACGGUGUCAAAGGCAGCAGAUAGGUCAAGAAGAAUUGGUAUGGAGUAUUGCCCUUUUGGAUUUAGCUGCGAUUAGGUCGUUAGUAACUUUGAUAAGAGCAGUCUCAGUAGAGUGGAGAGGGCGGAAGCCAGAUUGAAGAGGGUCAAGGAGAGAGUUGGAAUUGAGGAAGUUAGACACACAGGUAAAGACAAAUCUUUCCAGAAGCUUUGAGGAAAAAGGGAACAGGGAUAUAGGACGAGAGUUAGUUAGAGGGAGAGGACGGGUCAAUAGAUAAUUAUCAUGGAAAGGUAUUCCUUGUUAAUCGUGGAGUAGAUGGCAAACAUUUGGAAGGAGUGAUUCUCUGAGAAUUCACUAUACUGAGAGCAUAUAAAGUAGAUCUGAGUUCACAUUUAUUUCAAUUCCGACUCUACUUGGGAUCUAAGGUCAGGGAAUAUCACCAUACCCACUUUUCUGCCUGAGUUUGGCAAUUGAUUUAUUGCUGAUUAAAGCUUGCAGUGAGCUCAGCAUUAAGCGUUCAGGAACUCAAGGUUCUGAAGAACCCUGGACGCUUAUAGUCGUAUAAACCUGCUCUUGGUCUUUUUGUAAAUAUUGCAAAACUGUAAUUUACCAUCAAGUCAAAAACUGUCCUCUUUUAGCAUUAUUCUAACAAAAACUUCUAUAGCAGACCUAUUUGGAAGAAAUUCUACUUUAUGGGUCAAUUUAUGUCAAUUAUUUUCUUUCUCUGUAAAUGUCUAGGCACUCGAGGUAAUGUUGAAUAUAACUUGUGUAAUUCAACUUUGAAAUCAAUUUGUCUUGCAUUGAUUGUUUGAAACAUUAUUAACCAAAGCAUAAAUUGUCCAUUCACAAUUGUAAACUAAUCUAAAUAGCUGAGGUAGACAGUUUUUCCAGUUAUAUUUGCAAACACGUAUAAAUAAUUAAUGAUUUUUUUUUUAUUUAUUUAUUUUUUUUAACCAAUUCACUAUUCAUUUAAUAACUCUGUUGGUAAAUCAAGUCCAAUCUUUUUUAAUUUGUUCUUUUCAUGAAAGCUCACAUUGACUUUUUAGGAUGUCUAUAACAAUUUUAUACUUAUUUCGUUCAUUUAUAUUCUUUUUUCACAGGGAGAUUUGGCCAAGAAGAAGAUUUAUCCAACUCUGUGGUAUGUUCUCGGCUAAUGCCAUCAAUUGUGUAUCUGUUUCAUUUCUCUUUAUUACUUAAUGGGACACUCCACUGCCCAAAUAAAUAAAAGUUUUUUUUUUUUUUUUUUUAAAUCGCUGUUUAUUAGAUCUACCCCAAUAAAAACAGGCGUGCAUUCACUAAUGCAUUUUUUUUUUUUUUAAAUGCCGGUAUAUCUAAAAACAACUUGUAAAUGUCUGAAACAUUUGCAAGCCCUCACCUUUUGAACUCCGCCCAGACUUUCAGUGGCUGUCCAAUCACAGACCUCCCAUUACAACUCAAUAGGAAGUCUUUGCAAGGGAGGUGGUCUGGGCAAUUGCUGCCUCUUGAGUUUAGCUACUCUGAGCUAAACAAACCAGGAAGUGACUAUCGGUUGUCUGCUUGAAAGCAAGAGGGUGUAACCAGGUUAAUUUAUAUAAGUGCCCGUUUCUAUUGAAAUCUACACUUUUUGUAAAAUGAAAAAAAGAGGACACACUCUUCACACAUAAAGCUUUUCAGCAGCUAAAGUGCUUCCAGGGUCCAGAGUUUCCUUUUAAGGGAUCAUUGGGAGGGGGGAGGGUGGGGGAGUUAAAAAGGAACUUUUAUUUUUGUCAGCAGGCAAUUUUAGUUCUCAUAAAGAAAUAUUACAUGUUAGGUGACUGUCUCGUAGAGUUUUAGCCGUUUUGGUCUGCAGUUUCGGACUGCUUUUUGAUUUCCUGAAUUAUCACCGAAGGAGAGAUGCUGGGCUGUCUAAUGACACCGUACUGCAGGACAGAGGCAGCAGAUGGGUUUUAUCCACGAGAAGAAUUGCCUCGCUGGAAUUGCAUGUUAUUGUAGGUUAGCAAACAACCGUUUUUGCUUGAUUGGUUAGCAGCAUACUCAAAAAUGAUCAAAAGGCGACCAAAAGUGGGUUCAUGUAAUCUCAAAAAGAGACAUUUGCUUGAGCUCCGCCACCCCAGCUCAUCCAAAAUUUGCCUUCUAUACUGUCCAUUAUUAUUAUUAUUAUUAUUAUUAUUAUUAUUAUUAUUAUUAUUUCUUAUUUUAUCAUUAUUUAUUUUUGAGAACUGUCUUGGGUUUUGUAAGAGAGGAUGGGGAGGGAUAGGAGGAAGACAAUGAAAUGGGGAACUAUAUAAAUGUUGGUAAAAGCGUGACAAUGGUGCAAGUCUGGUAUCUGUGUGCACUAGGGAUAUUGGGAAACUGCCCAAUACAGUGAUUCUGUCACGGAUGUGAGACAUUUUAUUUAUUUAUUUAUUUAUACAAUAUUUUACCAGGAAGGGAUACAUUGAGAUUUCUCUCGUUUUUAACUAUGUCCUGGGUCCAAAAAACAUGGAAUCGAUACAGUAGGGUACAAUAAAAUACUAAAACAAUAUUAAUACACAAAAUGUAACAUAGAACAGGUAGGAAAUAAAUAAUCAACCAUGACCGGUGCAUUCUGUUUUGAGAGAUGUAGAGAGGGAACUUGGCUUAUCAGUACUGCUAAAUAGAUUAUUUAUUUUAUUUAUUUUUCUAUGAGUAAAAGGUUUGCCCCCAGUUCGAAGCAUCUUUUCUUCCAUUAAAAGGAAAGCAGUGGGAAUAACUUAGUCCUGCCAACCAGGUGGGGAAGGUGAUCAAAACACUUGUCACUUCCUGAUAUACUGUAAUGUCUUCAGAGUUCUUGUCAGUAAUUUGUAGGGUAAAUUUAAGGCCACGGUAUUCGAACUGUAAACAUAGCUGACUUGGAGAAUUUAUCCAAUUCCGCUAUUUUGGCCUAAAUUUUAAAGGGACACUCCAGGCACCCAGACCACUUCUGCCCAUUGGAGUGGUCUGGGUGCCAACUCCCAUCACCCUUAACCCUGCAAGUGUAAUUAUUGUAGUUUUCAUAAACUUUUAUAAAUAUAUUGUAGUUUUUAUAAACUGCAAUAAUUAUUUUGCAGGGUAAAGUCCUCCUCUAGUGGCUGCAUAUCAGACAGCAACUAGAGGGAAUUCCGGCUUCUUAAAAAACAAAAAGCGUUUUAAACUACGCUGGACGUCCUCACGCUAUGCAGCGUCGCCGGGAUCCCCAUAGGAAAGCACUGAAUAAUACUUUUCUAUGGGGAGGUCUAAUGUGCAUGCGGCCAUUGCCGCGCAUGCGCAUUAGGUCCCCCCCUGCUGGCUGACGUCAGCGAGGGAGGAGCCUGACACAGUGCCGAGGGACAUUGACACUGGAUUCAGGUAAGUCACUGAAGGGGUGGGAGGGAGAGGGGCAGUGCCAGGAAAACGGACAUGUUUUCCUGGCACUGGAGUCCCUUUAAAAUUAACUUUCAGCCCCCACACUCUAGUGAGCAAAUCUAACCAUAUACGUGUUUUGUCACAGCAGGCUGUAUUAUGUGGUUCAGUUUAACAGUGUGCUGUUUAUCUCUAGGUGGCUGUACAAUGAUGGAUUGCUCCCAGAAGACACUUACAUUGUUGGUUACGCUCGGUCCAAACUGACCGUGCAGGAUAUCCGAAAGCAAAGUCAGGCGUACUUCAAGGUAACAAUAUAAAUAAACCCAUCACACUCAUCAGACAAGUCCUAGUAAUAUGACAAAACACCUAAAAAGGAACAUCUAAGACCAAUUUAAGAAUAUUCUAUAAGGCAUAUACUUUAUAACAGUUUUAUAAGAAACUUACACUUUCCCUAAAGGAAAACUAAUCCGUCAGCUGUACAAAUUUUAUGAAUGCUGUUUGCUUUUAAAGAUCCCAUUCAACCUACUAUUCUGAAACAUGCUUUCUAGUAACUACUUGGACUCCUCAAUAUGGACACAGUACAAAAACAAAAUCUCGAUGUUACAAAGUUUUUAUGACUGUGACGUGGCACUUUUGUGCAUCACCCCCAUAGCAGGUUUGUUUAGCAGCGCACAUGGCUUUUAUCUUAGUGACUUAUUAUUGUCUAAAUGGUAUAUUUUUGUCCUGUACUGAAUCUGUCUAUCCCAGAGUGUAAAAACAAAUAUGAAUACCACACUCAAAAAAUGAUUACAGUAAAAUCUAAACUUGUAUUAAAUUGCAAAAAUAUUUAUUAUAAUGAUAAUUCAUAGGUUAAUCAAGUAAAUCUUAGUGAAAUUCAUUUCAAUCAUAUGUACAUAGAUUAUUUACAUAUAUACACACACAAAAACCUCCCUGUGCUGAAUUUCAUGAGCUUUAUAUCUAUUUACACUGGUUAUUGAUCCCCCAAAAAAUUGAAUGAAAUGAAACGUCCAGAAAAAAUACAAAAAAUAAUAAAAAAUAGUAAAAAAAGAAAAAAACAGAAAAAGAAAAAAAGAAAAAUGUGUAUAUAUAAUACAGUCCUAUUAAUAGUCCAAAAUAUAGUGCACUAUACAAUUCAUAGGUAUAUGGAUGGAUCUCACCAAAGAACACGUAGAAUUUAUAGUAUGUUCAGUAGGAGGAUGGUGUAUCCUGUAGAUGGUGUAUAUUGGAUGAGGGUGAAAAUGAGUUGCAGUUCGGUGAGAAAAUAUCACUCAUCUAUUCUCUGUGGAAUCUGGUCAGUCUGACAGGUCAUUUCCUGGAUCCAUAAUCGUGGGCAAUCCUGAAAUCGGGCUGAAAUGGGCUGCGCGCUCGGGACGUUCCUGUCCCUUCGAUGGCCCCUGUCCCUCUCCGGGGCCAUUGAAGGGACAGGAACGUCCCGAGCGCGCAGCCCAUUUCAGCCCGAUUUCAGGAUUGCCCACGAUUAUGGAUCCAGGAAAUGACCUGUCAGACUGACCAGAUUCCACAGAGAAUAGAUGAGUGAUAUUUUCUCACCGAACUGCAACUCAUUUUCACCCUCAUCCAAUAUACACCAUCUACAGGAUACACCAUCCUCCUACUGAACAUACUAUAAAUUCUACGUGUUCUUUGGUGAGAUCCAUCCAUAUACCUAUGAAUUGUAUAGUGCACUAUAUUUUGGACUAUUAAUAGGACUGUAUUAUAUAUACAUUUUUCUUUUUUUCUUUUUCUGUUUUUUUCUUUUUUUACUAUUUUUUUUUUUUAUUAUUUCUUGUAUUUUUUUCUGGAUGUUUCAUUUCAUUCAAUUUUUUUGGGGAUCAAUAACCAGUGUAAAUAGAGAUAAAGCUCAUGAAAUUCAGCACAGGGAGGUUUUUGUGUGUGUAUAUAUGUAAAUAAUCUAUGUACAUAUGAUUGAAAUGAAUUUCACUAAGAUUUACUUGAUUAACCUAUGAAUUAUCAUUAUAAUAAAUAUUUUUGCAAUUUAAUACAAGUUUAGAUUUUACUGUAAUCAUUUUUUGAGUGCGGUAUUCAUAUUUGUUUUUGGAUCUAGAUUAGGAGGUUGUUGUGGGGUUAAACCUCGAAUAACUGCACCUUGCAUUAUUGAGUGCCAACACUUAUUGUGUUUUUAUCCCAGAGUGUACACAGCUCUUUAUAUUUGCUUUAAACUAGAGUAUGAUCAACUAGAGGUUUAGUAGAAAAUCAUCAAUCUGUUUAUUUGAACUCCUUUCUAGGUAAAAGACCAGGACAGGUCAGGGUUCUGCAGUCAUUUAAUGCACUAUUAAAAUACUGGGUUCAUUUUUAUUUAUUAUGACUGUGAUUUAUGAUUGUCUGACAAAUUGCAGUCUGUCAUUUUAGUUCACCUUAUCUGUGCCGCAGCCGAGCGGCUACUCUUUGUGCACUGGAAGUGCUUGGGUUUUUUGCCAAACCACUAAAAUGGCUUGACAAAAGCCAAGGAGACUGCACACAAUGGCAAUCAGACUAUUGUAAUAUUGUAGCGAUAUAUAUAUAUAUAUAUAUAUAUUUUUUUUUUUUUUCACUAGAUACAGUGGAGUGAUUAAAUUGUGAAAAUAGAUAAUGUAUACACAUAGCGCAAACAGAAAAAAAAAUGUCUUGUAUACCAUUCACUUUGGGUUUUUCAAAACAGUCCAGUGGCGUAUAACCUUUAAAAUAGAUACUGGACUGUUUUGAAAAACCCAAAGUGAAUGGUAUACAAGACAUUUUUCUUUUCUGUUUGCACUAGGUGUAUACAUUAUCUAUUUUCACAAUUUAAGCGCUCCACUGUCUGGUGAACAAUAUCUCUAUUUCUGUGUGUUUUGGGGGGGAAUUGCAAAUCACAAUGUGAUAGCAGCUAAGAGAGAAUACAUUUUGCACAUAUAUGUUUUUCUAUCACUUGCAGAUACACUGUUUGUUUGAACUUCUAGUUAAUAUAUAAAUUAGAGACAACACGUGUGAAGGAGGGGAUGUGCAUUUUAGUGAUGGCAGCCAGACCAGUAUAUGGAUAUGGGCAUGUAUAGCAACUUAAUUGGAACAAUUUAUAACACAUGUACAAGCGUUUCCCAGUAGAUGUCUUAUGUUAUGAUCCUUUUAAGAAAUGCACUAAAAUAGCAGUAUACAUUCUUUUAGCAGCACUUUUUAAAAAUUGAUAUGUGUGUGUGUUGUAUUCUGCUUGUGUUUUAUGUGGGUACUUCAGGUGUUUGUAGAGUUGUAUUUGCGCGUAUGUGGGUUGUUAUAUUGUGUAUCUGCAUGAGUAGUUUGUGUUAUUGUGUGUGUCUUUGUGUUAGACAUAUAUGUUAGUUGUAUAUCAUGUGAUUUGUAUGAAUGUUUGCUGGGUAUGAGGGGCUUUCUUGUGGGAUUGUGUGUGUGUGUGUGUGUGUGGAUGGCUGCUUGGGGUAUUGCCUGUGGAUGGCUGCUUAUGGAGUUAUGUUCAUUUAUGUGGUUUGUCAGUUGUGUUUAUUGGGGCUUUGUAUGUGUGCCGCUGUGUGUGAAUGUCUGACUGUGUAGGUGACUUCCCUGGGGUUCAGUGGGGACCAGAAUAGCCUGGUACAGAGCAGUGGCUGCUCGACUCCAGUGUGAAUUCUUCUUCACAAGUACUUGGAUGAAGUCAUCUGAGAUCACUUCCUCCAAGUGCUGCAAUGAGUGAAUUGAAGAAGUCCUUCUGGUAUCCCUGUUAGGCCAGCUCCAGGGGAGAUCCGCUCUGCCUUCAAAUGGCAGACCAGAAAGCGGGGAAGUCCGCCCAAGUUAAUGGCAGGUCAUUAACUUAGUGGGCUGGCCUGUCUAUCACUCACCCUGGCCUACUGAAGGCAGACUCUGCAGGGAACAAUAUUUCAGUGCUCCCUGCAGGGUCCUAGUGCCCUAAAAAUAGCUUAAGUGCAUCUUAUGAUGUGCUUGUGCUAUAAAUGUUAGGGACAGUUCUCUGGUGUCACCAAACGUGGGAUAGGACCCGGAAAUCGGGACUGUCUCGACUAAAUCGGGAUGGUGCGAGGUAUGCUAAUCAUUCUUUUUGAAUAUGCACAAUUUUUUGCCAACGGAACGGAUUUAUAAUUAUAUCUGCCAUUUUCUCAGACAGAGAAGUGGUGUAAAUUUUUAGUCACUAUGAACUUGGAUCUCUUCAGACAUGUAUGCAACAAAUGUUGGAAUGAACUAUGAGGGGAAAAAAAUGACUUUUUAAAAAUCCUUUUAAUAAAUAUGAUCAAAAUAAUGUUAGAAUUUAUCCAUCACUUUUUAGGACACUAUGAUAAAUAUCACCCAUGGUGUGCUUGCUGGCUCAGUUUCAUGUUUAUGUUGCAGGUAACAGCUGAGGAUACGGGGAAGCUGGAAUCAUUUUUCAAGCGGAACUCUUACGUUUCUGGACAGUAUUCCGAGGCAAACUCUUACCAUGCCCUAAAUAAGCAUCUACUGUCUCUUCCCAAUGGGGAUAAAGCCAACCGACUCUUCUACUUGGCAGUGCCACCCAGUGUGUACCAUGAUGUGACUCGCAACAUCAAGAUGGAGUGCAUGAGCAAAAUGUGAGGGGGUGCACAUUGUAUACACUUUCUCUGAAAUUUUGUUCACUCUUUAUCGUUUUCUCGUUGGCCUGACCAUGCUACACUUUUUUGUCUUGUUUUUUUCCCCAGAGGAUGGAAUCGUGUGAUUGUGGAGAAGCCCUUUGGGAAAGACCUAGAAAGCUCAAACCUUUUAUCUGAACACAUCUCCUCUCUGUAUGAGGAAAACCAGAUCUAUCGUAUUGACCACUAUCUAGGCAAAGAGAUGGUGCAAAACCUUAUGGUUCUCCGGUGGGUAAUAUGAUAAACCCAACAUUUCCAGUUUCUCUUGAGUUCUUUUAUGGUCUACUUCAUCCAUUCUUCAAUAACACUUGUUACCCUAUAUUUUCUAUGCUUUUUAGGUUUGGAAACAGAAUAUUUGGACCCCUAUGGUCUCGAGAUCACAUUGCUGCUGUGGUUUUGACCUUUAAAGAACCUUUUGGCACACAGGGUCGAGGAGGAUACUUUGAUGAAUUUGGUAUCAUCAGGUAUGUAUCUUUGUUUAUUUGCUUUAUAUAUAAUGCCCACUGUGCCUGAAGCAUUACAAUAUUAUCUGGCCUAUCUGUCUUUGUCCUUUAGAGAUGUCAUGCAGAAUCACUUGCUUCAGAUGCUGUGCUUGAUAGCCAUGGAGAAGCCUGUUUCUACCAACUCCGAUGAUGUUCGAGAUGAGAAGGUAUGUUCCACACUCAAAUUGCCCACAGUAUAAAGAAAAUAUUAGUGUUCCAAGAAUGCAGAAGAAAUACCUUGUAAAAUAGUACUUAGCCAUAUUAAAAAAAUGUCAUGUAAAGAGCAGGAAUUUUAAAGCACUAUUAUAACCACCAGAUGUAGACCAUGGACAACCAUGAGAAUUCUCAACAUGUCCUCCAUGUCCCUUAAUAUUGAUUGUUCCGUCAGGACAGGAACACACUAUACAUGCAGUUACUUUGUAGCAAUCUGAAGGAUCCAUAAUUUUAUUCUUAAAACUAUGAAUGGAGUUUUUGGUAGCUUGAUAACGGCCACUGCAAGGUUGCUAAUAAACAGAUCUGUUAAAAUACUGGAGACUCUAAACAACUUUUACCAAGUACCAGGUAGUGGCUCUAUGUGACCACAAACACAACAUUUUCUGUGGAUUUGAGAAACCGUUUAAUUCAUUGUUUGAAUAGAACUGCUGCUGGUUGUUCACAAUCCAGCGGCAGUCUAACCCAGUACACCAGAAGCCACUAAUUGGUCCCUGCUGCUCCCAUAAAACAUUGAGGAAGCCAUCCUCCUGCAUUUAGAGGUUGAAAAAACAGAAGAGUAGCUAAAAUUAUCCAUUGUCACAAGGUAAAACCCCAACACGCAGAGUUUAGGAUAGCAAGGGACAGCCAAAGGAAAUUAACAAAUUAUCGGGCCUUAGAGUGGCCGGACCUAACUUUAGAUAAAGAGUAAAGCGCUGUCCCAAUCCAAGCCAAGGUCAGAGUAACGAAGAGACCGCGAAAACGAGAAUUAGCCAGAGUCUGGUACACGGUAAACCGUCAGACAAACAAGACAGGUGAGGGUUAAAGUUAAACUCUGUCGGGAACAAAGUCGCGGUCAAUACAGAAUAAAAUACUAUGAAUAAGGGAACUCCCUAAAGAGUACUGGGAACAGAAACCACAGUAUCUACAGCUAGGUAUGUUUAAAUACUUAGUAUACGAAUACUACUAGGUUUUAUUUGAUUGGUCCACUUCAUGCCUGCAACCCCAAAACGUGCGUGAAUGGGGGCACCAGAAUGACGUGGGCCAAUGGGAGCCGACCGUAAAGGUUAACUUCCCAUUUCCCCUUUAAGUAUGUGCUCAUGACUGCGUACCCAGUAAUAAUAUUGGGUGUGCGCAGCCCGCCAGGAGCAUUCAAGUCGCGUGCGGAGGACUUGGCCAGCACGAAGACCGGGUAAGUACAGUUACAUCCAUAGUAUGUAAAUCAGUGUGUGUUGAAAUGGUUGCAUGCUGCACCCGGAGGCUAAAAAGUGAUAUUUAUUACUUUAGUGGAUUUUCAGUGCGAGUAUAAAACAGUGAGCCUGUGAAAUUUAGAUAGUUAUAGCUAUGUUACAGCUGUAUAUUCUCUGGGUGAAUCAAGAGGUUGGUGGAAAUUGAGGCAGUGGAUCCUACAAAAUAUGAAGAAAAGAAAACCUGUACAUUCAUUCCAAAGAGUCCAUAUUUUAAUAUCGCAAUGUCCUGGGCCUCAAGAAGUUUCCACAAACCUCUGUAUAAGUCAGGUAGCUGGAUGCUCUGGUCAGCCUUAAUGUUGAGCUGCGUGUUUUGUUUUUUUGUUGUUGUUUUUUUUCAAUGUCUCAUUUCUAUGUUUUCUUUUGAUUGGUCUUUUCUUCCCCAGGUUAAAGUCUUGAAAUGUAUUUCUGAGCUGCCCCUCAGUAAUGUAGUACUUGGACAGUACGUGGGUGAUCCCAAUGGGCAAGGCGAGGCUCAGAAGGGCUAUUUGGAUGACCCCACGGUACCUAAAGGAUCUCAUACGCCAACAUUUGCCACUGCUGUCAUGUAUGUGAGGAAUGAGCGAUGGGAUGGUAAAUCACGUGUGGCUUUUUGUGGAUCUGACCUUAAUAUUCUCUUGUGUCUUGUGUAUAAUUUAGUUUACCUAGAACUCCUUCAGGUCUAAAUAUGCUGUUGGCCCUUCUCUUGUGCCAGGAGUUCCAUUCAUCAUGCGAUGCGGAAAAGCUCUGAAUGAGCGUAAGGCUGAGGUUCGGCUGCAGUUCAACGAUGUUCCAGGAGAUAUUUUCCAAGGACAGUGUAAGAGGAAUGAGCUGGUGAUCCGAGUGCAGCCGAAUGAAGCUGUUUACACCAAGAUGAUGACCAAGAAACCAGGAAUGUUCUUCAACCCUGAAGAGUCGGAGUUGGACCUAACCUACGGAAACCGAUACAAGGUAAAAAAGAUGGACACUAGGUGAAAGGGCCAAUGUAAGUGUAUAGUGUACAAAUAGAUCAGAUCUCUUCAAAGCAAAUUUCUUCUGAUAGCUUUAGCUCUUACUUAGAGCUUAUUAACAAUUAAAUGAUUAUACUUAUUAAAAAAAACAAAAAACUUUUUUUAAAAUACCAUUUAGUUUUUUUUUUUGUUUGUUUUUUUUUUAGAAUGAUUGUUACAUUUUACAAUUGUUAAUACAUUUACCAAAAACUUUUUGGUUUUAUAUUUGUAAAUACCAUCAUUUUUGGAGGCCAACUAAGUUUUUUUGUUUCAAUUCUGGGUUACAAUUCUGGUUAGUAGAUAUUAGUAGAAAGUAGGUACAGGCACUCAAAGUUUCUUCUGCUUGAAUUAUUGAACUGAAUGCGCAAUGUUUCAGCUUGUGAGGGGAAGGAAAAUGUAAAGGGACACUAUAGUUCAUCAAAGAAACUUUAGCUUAAUAAAGCAGGUUUGGUGUAUUGAUCAUGCCCCUGCAGUCUCCCUGCUCAAUUCUCUACCAUUUAGUAAUUUAAAUCACUUUGUCUAUGCAGCCCUAGGGACACCUCCCUGCAUGGGACUUACAUAGGCUUCAUAAACCCUUCCUGUAUAGAGACAUCUAAUGUUUACAUUUCCUUUAUUGCAAAUUUUGUUUAAUUUACAAUUUCGGAUCUCCUGCUCUUGCUAGCCCCUGCAGGAGCCUUCUGUGUGUGAUUAAAGUAUAAUUUACAGACUAGAAGACAAAAAACUUUUAAAGUAAGUUACAUAUGUUUGAAAAUGAAACCAUUUUGUUUUCAUGCAGACUGUGUGAGUCACAGGUGUGGCUAUGGCUGCAUGGACAAAAACAAAACUGAUUUAACUCAUAAAUGACAGUGAAUUGAGCAGUGAGACUGCAGGGGCGUGAUCCAUACACGGCUUCAUUAAGCUAACAUUGUUUUGACGACUAUAGUGUUCCUUUAAGUUCACAAAUCUUGGUGCCAGAUAAAACCAUUGUGAUGCAGCUUACCUGGUCCCCCUUUUUUUUUUUUUAAAUCAUUCUUAAUGUGCAUAGUGGUACAAGCAGGCUUGCAAAGCCACAACAGCUAUUGCAGGCAGACAGGAAAACAUCGUAAGAACAUUUGAAUGGCAUUUUGAUGUUAAUACACAUUUUUAUGUUGAAGAGGCGAGGCAUUUAUAUUGAGUACUAAGCUAGACCGUCGGUUGUGAUCAGUACAUAUGUCUGACUCGUUGGUUGGAAUUCAGGGAGUAUGCACAGUAAGCAACUUGGUUACAUAGAUUGAUAUCGAAAGAAAAAAAUAUAAUAAAACUGACUUAAACAUACUGAGUGGUUAUGUCUAGUUAACGGUAAUAAGCUGGAGAAACGUAUACCCUCUUGAGGUAGUGAAAUUUAGAAAAAACAGCAUACAUUUUUUUUUUUUUCUUCACUAUAGCAUGUAUGUGAGAUACAUCUUGGCUUUGCUCCCAUGCAUAGUGGGUUUGUGAAGUGUAUCCUUGCCCAGAAGCCUCUGCUCUUCUGUUUGUGCGCUAUUGACCAACUUAGGAAAUCAAAAUAACGUGAGGGGAGAAGCCCUGACUAGCUGGGUGUUGACAGGUAUGGAGUGAAUGGUAGUCUGUUGUUGGGGAACCGUAAGAGUGAGUAUUUCUGUGACUCUAGUCGUGUUGCAAGCGUCUUAGAGGUUGUUUGUCCUGGGCGUGGUAGAUGCUCAAGGAGCCUGACCCCUAGUGCCAUGAGGCUACGAUGUCUAAGCUAGUUGGGUGAGUUUCCCAGCGUUUGGGAUGAAGCUCUGUAGGAGGCCUAUUGUUUUUUUUUAUGAGAGCAACAUGGGUUCUUUCCGAACUGUUAUGAGGAGUGAUGCUUUAGGCCUUGGUUUGUGUUUCCCCUAACCUAGGGGCCUGUGGGGUGGAGGGAGUGGAUGGGAACAGUAGUGUCGCUAAAUGUCUGUUGGUGUGCCCUCGGCUAAAGUGGAGAGUUUAACUGAACUAAAAGGGCAUGUGGAACAAGUAAAGCAAGAUUAACAUUGGAGAUAUAUAUUUUUCACUUUGACCCGUGAGUGGGUACCCAGCGAUCUUCAGUUCUUGGUGUGCGACAUAGUCCUCUUGCAGUGUUACGAGUUGAGGGUCCUGGAGCCUCCAGUUCUUGGAGUGAUGCGGUCCAGAUCCCAUGUUGCCCUGGGGGUAGCCAAGGACAGUCCUUCUGUACAGUUAGACAGUCCCAGUGCUGUUAAGAACGCUGGUGCCCCUCCCAUUGAAGCGAGGUGGUUCCGUUGUGGGUCGCUACCAGGUUUCCAGGGGCUCCCUACCGGUAAGGAAUGUCUGCGGAUCGCAGUUGUGAAGUGAUAGUCCCUAGUGUCUUGUGCCAUAGGAGCAUGUUUUUCGUGAGGUCCUAGAAAAAUGUUAAGGGGGCUUCCUUGAAGGUCAGAUACCGUCAUGAUAUGGAUUUUGUCGUGAGUCGACAAGCACCGGAGGUGUUGGGCGAUCUGCUAGCUGAGCCAUUUAUGCGGUAUACUCAGUCAAUGGUAACUUUUUUGGCCGCUGUGUGUGGCAAGAUGGUUUCCAGCAGCCUCCGUGUAAAAUGUGGAAGCUCAUCCGCCAUGAUUUCAGCGGGAAUACUGCGGAUCUUUAUAUGUGUUUGACGUUGCCUGUCCUCCAGGGCCAUUAGUUGUAGGGAUAGUGUGGACUGAUCAGCUUGUAGUUGUUGUACUGUCACUUUAAUGGCAGUGAUGUCUGUCUUGACUUCUAUAAUGUCGUCUUCCUCGGAGGCCUGUACCCGGUCAGUGAUCGCCUGGAUGUCAAUCCUCAGGAGUGUGAUGUCUGCCACCCACAGUUUCUGUAUAUCGACUAGCAGUAGUUUUGUUGUGUCUGGUAGUGGGGCUGGCCCGUUUUUGGGUCUCAAGACUGUAGCAGGCUUGCCUGUUGGUUUGUGUUGGUCUCCAUUACCUCGUGGGCUGGAGUUUUAGCAUCUGGGCCCUCUGCGGGAGUCUGUUUAGCCUGCGCGGGUCUCCGGAGCAUGUCUACUAUAUCCCUGCCGUGAGCUGUGGCGUUCGGUUUCUGGGAGCAGCGUCCCAUUGCAGGUAUGUGGUGCGUGUGGCACAGCCGUUGAGGAGAGCCUCAAGUCCCGGGAUUGCCGUUGCGAGGUAGGCCGCAGCUUGUGUCGCCGUUUGGUUUGCUUCGGCGGCUGAGAGAAAGGCAUCUAUUGAUGUGUUCUGGCUUUGGGAUGCCAGCUGGGCGGUUUGCAGGGUUGGAUGGGUUUAGAAUUAGUUUUGAGAUAUUUGGCUGGAUUCAGCAGUUUGUGGAGGAGCUUUAGAGUAUGGCGUUUGUUCAGUUAGGCUUGCAGGCUCCGACCCCCUUACCUGUUCCCAUUUAUUUAUUUAUUUUUGUGCAGGAUGUGAAGUUGCCAGAUGCAUAUGAGCGUCUUAUCCUGGAUGUGUUCUGUGGGAGUCAGAUGCACUUUGUACGCAGGUGAAUAUUCUUCACUCUCAAGUUAAUACUAUUGUCAGGGGGAGUGAAAUCUUGUUCUUAAUAUAUGUAUCUUAAUAUUUCCGUGAUAGUGAUGAGUUGAGAGAAGCCUGGAGAAUUUUCACCCCUAUCCUGCAUCAGCUGGAGCAACAAAAGAUCAAACCUUUGCCCUACAAAUAUGGAAGGUGGGUAAACGCAAGGACUUACUUUUAUUUUUAUCACAGAUUUGUAAAGCAUUCAAGGUUAUUCACAAAAUCUGCAAUCGACCAAAGAAUAUACAUUUUUUUACGCCUGUACCAAUUAGAAAAAAUCUCAAGCUCUUUUUUUUUUUUUUUUUUAAGUUCAUUAUAUUUUAUAAUUUAGAAUAACACUGAUAACAUAUUUAAAGGGAAACAAACCUAGUUUAUUCCCCAGCAGCAGUUCCACUUCAUAGAGUAUUAGUGGAACUGCUCUAUAAACAAAUAGUAGCCAGACCCCAACCAUCACAGAGGAUUAGUGGAACAGUUCUGUAAACUGGUAGUAGCCAUAACUCAGCUGUUCCAUACACAGGCCCAUUCAGUUUUGUUUUAUUUGUGAAUGGAGCAGAGCGCUGCGAUCAGCAAAACCGUUGACUAAGCAGUCCAGAUUGGGGAGAGAUCAGUGCAGGGUGCGCAUGCUGCACAAAACAUAGAAUUCUGGCUGCUGGAUUGGCAGGUUUGAAGCACUGUCCUAGAGUUGCAGGUUUGGCUUUGUUUGUUUUCUUUCCCAUACAACUGCAGUUCUAAACCAGAUUUGAGAUUGAGUGCUGGGUGCUCUCUGCACCAUAUACUUUGCAAUAAUGUAAAGCUGUGUUUCUUAGAGUGAAAUUUUGCAUAAGAGGUGGAGUGCUAAAUACCUUUUUGUUCCAACGUGUGCUAUACUUAGUAUAAUAAGUAUUAGGAAUCGACCGAUAUUUAAUUAUUUUAGAGCCGCUACCAAUACUGAUAAUCUGUGAACUUUCAGGCUGAUAGCCGAUAAUUUACCGAUAUUCUGUACAAAUUACCAUUUUGAAAAAAUAAAUUAUUUCUAAAGGUAAAUGCACAAAAUAUACAUGCCACAUGUAGUGGAUGCAUUGUGUAUUUGUGUAGUGUGUGUGUGUGUGUGUGUGUGUAUAUAAUGAAUGCAGAGUGUGUUUGGUGUGUGUGUGUAUGUAUGUGUAUAUUUUUUAUAUAUAUAUAUAGAAUGCCGUGUGUUUGUGUAGUGUGUAAAGUGAAUGUGGUGUGUGUGUGUGUGUAUAGUGAAUGCAGCAUGUUUGUGUAGUGUACAUUAUAUAAACACUGCAUUUUAUACACACACACUGCAUUCACUAUAUAGACACUACACACACUGCAUUAUAUACACAGUGUGUUUGUGUAGUGUGUUUCUGUAGGUAUGUAAUUGGGGAGGGGGGGAGAUUUUUUUUAAAAAUUUUUUUUUUAGUUCCCCUCCCUGCUUCUUACUUGGCCAGGGAGGGGGGAUAUGGCAUUCCCUGAUGGUCCAGUGGCAUUGAAAGUACAGAGGGGGGGCCCAGCAAGCUCUUACCUUCCCAGCAGGUCCCUGUGUAAAUCUUGCAGCCAGCGUUGCCAUGGUAACCCGUGGCAAGGCUCUGACGGCCACGGGACUCGCACAAUUUACACAGGUGAGCUGCUGGAAAGGAAAGUAAGCGCUUGCUGCGGGCUCCCCCCCAGGACCGCCGGGCUUGUAAUUGGCCUGGUGGCCCUGUUAUUUAUUAUCGGCAAUAUCUGUAUCUCUUUAUGCCGAUACCGAUAUUGCCGAAAAUACAGAAUAUCGGUCGAUAAUAUCGGCCAGACAGAUAAUCUGUCAAUCCAUAAUAAGUAUACCUAAAGUGGUUUUUACAUUAGCGGAAUUAAAUUUACAGGAAAAGUAGAACAUUGUUUGGCUUACCCUUUAAUUAGACUCUAAACAUGUUCGCUUGCUGCAUACCCAGACUAUGCUUCCUUUUUGAUCUGGAAUAUAUUCAUAACAGGAUUUUUCUGCAAAGUUGAGUCAAGAUACCAUCCUUUUGAGUGAUCUUUAAAUCCCUCCAAGAAAUUACUAUUAAAAUGGGAUAUUCUUUCCCUAACGAUAUUGAUUUUUUUUUUUUUUCUGUUUUCAGCCGUGGCCCCCCUGAAAGCGAUGAGCUUAUGCAGAAAGCUGGCUUCCGCUAUGAAGGAACAUACAAAUGGGUGAACCCCAACAAACUGUGAUCAUGCAGAAGUUACAUUUUUAGUCCCAUUCAACUUCAAUGGGUUCCUCAUCUUCUUAAUCUACAGCUGUGGGAAGUCCUGGGGACCAAAACCGUAUCUCUUUCCAUCAUUAUCUCGCUGCUUUCAGAUAUGCUCGUAUUUUUUUAUUUUUUGCUCCGAUGUCUAAUCAUGUCCAUUCUCACAUUUGGAGCAUAUAUUAGAUUAGGUCCGUCCACAAGAUUCAAUUUUCACCAAGAUGGCAUCGUACUAAACACCGCUUUUUCACAAUACUGUUCCUUGAGAUUGAUUCUCAAAUGUUUUAGGUCUGUUGACCACUAUUGAAGCACAGUUGGCCUCGAGGAUAUUCUCUUUACCACAAGCCCUUACAGACAGGGCAUAAAAAACUUUUUAUUUUUCUUAUUCAGAUUGUCAUUGUGUUUACAGAUUUGGGCUAAAUUGCUUUUCAUUUUCCUCCUGCACAUGCUUUUUCAUCUCCCCCGCAACCACCAUUGGGCGUCUUGACACAGUUUAAGAACCACUGCUCCACCAUAUAUCGCUGCUUCAUGUAGAGAACCCUUUAAUUUGCAACUUGUUCUGCCGUAUUUUCUCCACCAAUUAACUCCCUAAAUCUCGCUGCUGUAGAUUUCUAUGAAAUGUGCAGAUUUUUUUUUGCCAAUAAGGUUACAUGGGUUUAUAGACUUAAAGUGCAGAAUAGAGAACUCUGCAAUUGUGUUUGUUUUAGAUUUAUUUGAAUAUUAUUAUUUCCCUCGCUAUAGUGUGCGUGUUUUUAUUUUCAAUGUGUCUACAGUCAGGGCAAACUUGUCUCCGCUGUAAACUGUAUUAAGUGUGUGCAAUCAGGAAAAUACCAGGAGCAGAGUGUGAAUUUGCAGGUUGAAGUUCAGAGUUGGAACACGUUGGUCAGGUAAGGCAGAUAUCUAUUUGCUAGGGUCUUCCUUCCCGUUCUGUCCACAUCAUAAUAUACCAGUCUUUUUAAUCCCUACACUUCUAUUGCUGUAAGAACUAAAGUAUUACGCUUUUAACAUCACAUCUAACCCCUGAAACUGUGGGAGCCAUGGUGCGAAUAAGUGCUAUGUUUCCCCAAGUAAAGUCUCCACUGAAGCUGAACAUGAAGUUUGCAAGUCCUGCUCUGUUUUAGCUUUGAUAACCGUUUGGGUCAGUGGAUGAGCCAUGGAAUAGUUUCUUAGUAUACUGUACUUUAGAAUUCCUACUCUUUACGGUAUAUUUACUAAACAGUGAAUUAAAACUGCAUUGUGAACAAAACGAGGGGAUCGAAUUCAGCUGUUUAUUAAUCCCCCUCCAUCUUGCGUACUUUGUGCUAAAUGCUGUAAGUCAGUUUUCAGAUUAGUUUGCAAUUUCUUUUAACCACCUCUCCUGUUGCAAAACAAAUUUCUUUCAUCCCUUUAUUUUAACCCCUGAGUGAAUCUAUACUGUCAGUUAAAUAACUAGGGUGGUAUGGGAAGAGUGCUCAGUGAGUGGAUAUGCCUCCAUCUACAGUGCCUCACACGUUCUAUUCCUGGCACAACUCGGUGUUUAACCCUUCCACACACCAUUUAAGUUAGGUAAGAACUUCUAAGGCCCGAGAUGUAUUUAGAAACUAGUAACAAGCUAAAAGCACUCUUCUUUGGUUAUAUCUUUAACCCCUUUUCCCUACCAUGCUUAUUUCCAUUUCACACACACAGCUAUUGCUUAUUAUUUCUAAUUGCUUAGUGUACAAACGAACAACCAGUAUGUCACAUCUAAUGUUCCAUUAGAGGACCCAUUUUGAACAAACAGCUGGCUAUAGUGUCCAGUACAAUACCCACUGGUCCUUCUAAUUGCACUCAGUGCUCCUAGUAAUAGCCUGUGCAGCACAUGAAGUGUGAAAGACAACAUGCUGAAACCACUUCCCUGUAAUUAGCCAGGCAGAAGCAAUCAAUAUCCUACCCGCGGUAAUACAUGUGCCUAACAAAGUCUAGGCCUCAAUGAAUACAGGACAAACUGGAUUUUCACAUAUCACAGCGAUGUACAGUACACUGGUCAAUUUACAUAUUAACAAGAGGAACUCAAAAGAUUCUGGCACAGCUUUUGAGGACCUACUCUGAAAUCCUCGCCAGUCUACUAUAAAGCUUCUCCUAAAUAAAUCUUCCCCACUUAAAGCCAGUCGCACUGUCCAAUAAAAGUCACAAAACACAGGAAUAAAGAGGGAACAUUUAUUAAAAAGGAUGUGAAUGUGUUUCAUUAAGGGCAUUGUGCUUUUGCUGCUGGUAAAAUUGUACCGUUCCAGGAAGGAAUCCUGGGGUUUCGAAUAAAAAGAAAACUAUCCUAUUUUACAUUGUGUAACACAUCCUAGUGAAACAUUCCUACAUAAAUAUAUAUAUAUAUACACAAAUAUAUAACUACAUUUUUCUAUUGACUAAUAUUAAAAUAAUUUGAAGUGAUGAACAGAGGGUGAUCUACACACCCCUUCAUCACAAACCAAACUAUCAUUAAAAAUUCUCAUUCUAGUACAGGAUAUUAAAAAUCACCUAUCAUUUUUUUUGUAACAACUGAAUAUUUUAAAUUCUUACCUCCUAAUGAAAAGGCUUGUACUGAUUUGGUCUAAGACCAACCCCCGUUAAGGGGUGAAAUCAUAAACUAAGUUUUAGUUCUACAAUUCCAAUAAUGCUUUGGCAACCUUAAGGCUAUAAAAGCAUUGUGGUAUAUACAGUGGUGCAAUGGCCAAAGGAUCUACCUUUUGACCACACUUCUAAAAAUUAAUUGCCGUGUAGAAAUAUUUCCCUGCUCCUACAGAAAGCGAAAGAAUUUCAUCAACAACGUCAUCAUAAGAGCCUGUGUAUGUGUCUAUUAAGUGGCAGUGUUUGGCUACUCCUGGGAUUGCUGUCCAGCAGCCUCUGACCCGAGCUUUUCUUCACCUAGUGAUAUGCUGAGUUCCAGGUCUUAAUAGCAUUAAUGCCCUUAAUUCAAGUGCAAUAGGAGAAAAUAAAGCAAUACAAUGCUUGGUGCUCCUUCUUCAGCUGCAGCAUGUGCCUUCAAUACCUCGUGCAAAGAGCUGGAUGAGCUGGUGGUGUACCCUGUGGGAAAAAUAUUCAAAU